AUGAUGACGAUGAUGAACCGCUCGAAAAAGGCCAACCAGCGAGGUAAGAGUUCGGCCGAUGUUGCCAAGGAUGCCAAGGUGGGCCGUGGCGUCGCGGCCUCCGGUACUACUGGUCCGAAGCCUUGUUUGGCAUCAAUGCCGGCACUGACAGCGCAACUGCCGACUGCCGGUGGCCAGCCGCCUACGGCUUCCUCUGGUGGUCGUUCGAAAAAAGUAAAACAAUCGUCCAACGGCAAAGCUAACGCCAGUAAGGUGGCGGUGGCGGCGGUGACUAGGCGUUCCUCCGGUAAGGAAACGGUUGCCAAGGUUUCCGUAGGUGCACCCGGGGAGUCGGCCGACGGUGGCCUCCCGGUGCACGCGCUGGCACCGAAGAUGGAGCGCUCCAACAGCUUCUAUCUGACGCGCAAACUGUCGAACCUGUACAGUAAGCUGAGCGGAAGCCGUGAGAAUGUUGCCAGCCAACCACCCGCCAACGCGUACCCAGCGCCUGGCGCGGGUGGCACCGGAACAGGGCAACCGGUCCCGUUCGUGCGCAGUCGCAGCAUGUCGUCGAUACAGUUGAAACGAUCGUACCGGCGCAGCCAGAACGUUGAGUCGGCGUUGGGCAACCUGCACGAGGACGCCAUCCUGGAGCGCUCGGAGAGCACGGAGGAAACGGCCGUGGCGGUGGCGGAACCAGCGCCAGCGCCGGUGCCCGAAACUCCACCACCGAUGCCACGGUUCGAGCGCUCGAACAGCAUCCUGGCGUCGAUUCGGCGCAAAAUCAGCUUCAAGUCGGAGCGCCGCUCGUCGAACGUGUCGAACUGGAGCACCUCGCUGCAGAACCUGCGCCAGGAGGACUUCAUGAUCAGCUACGACGAUCUGAGUUUCAUCGACUACGAUCAGUUCAACAGCUACGAGGCGAGUUUGCUGAAACACCAAAAUAGUGGUGCGGCCCGGGAAGAUGGAACCAGUGUGGAACCACCUAGCGGUAGCACCAGCAGCAGUGUGGAAACGGCCACCAACAACAGCCACCAGGGUGGGAUUGCGGAAGCCACUAACGUGGGGGUCGUACGGCGCAGGCGCAAGAACGAUACGCUUCUCCGAUCGACACUGAUCCGCAAGAGCAUGGACGCUACCGAGAAAAACCUCGACCGGGACAAGAACGUGUACCGGAACAGUCUGGACCCGGAGAAGCUGCUGUGCAUUAGCAACGCCAGCCGGAAGUCGUUUCGCUGGAGCGCCGACGUGGAGCGUGACGUGGUGGCGCUCGAUUUGGACAGUGCGGACUUUGUGCCCGGGGGGAAACCGCUGGCAGGGCGGGUCACUAGUCGGUCGUCGACACCGCCACCGCCGCCGCCGUGUGACGUGUGUGACAGUGGUAUGAUCGAUGGCAGUGAAAGUGUCAAGUUGGGUACGAUUGAUGACGGGGCCGCCGGACAGACGUUCUCGGACAGCAGUGCCGGGUAUGUGAGCCGAAGUGAGAGUCUGAAACGGUCCCGGUCCUACGGUGGCGAAGGGGGUGACGCAGGCGGCAGAUUCCAGGAGAGCUUCGGGCGUCCUCGGACGAAACUCGGUAUGAAAUCGUUGAGCCUGACGCACCUGGAUGAGAUCGAGCGACAGGCAACCACACCCACCAUCGUAACCAACGAUCGACACAUUCGGAAGGGAGACUAUUCCGACACGUCCAACACGUCGAUCGCGUCGGCGAGCGGAUCGGUCGACCACGGUGCCACCACCGUCUCCGGUGACUCAUCCGGAUACGUAGUAUCACCGAAAGAUGUGUGCGUCACAGUCACGUCCGGAACUGCGCUGAUCGACAUCAGCAAUAGUGGCGGUGGAUGCAUCAAUCCGGCCUACGACAAUGGCGAACAGAGCCACCGGCAGGACCGAGAGGGUCCCGCCGAAUCCCUUCCGGAGCCCCCCGACCCGGCCGGGGCCGACACUCAGAAAGCACUCAGCGCCAUGUCCUCAGCGCUGUCCAGUUCGUCCCCUUCCGCGCUGAAGAAAAAAUCGUCCUCCUUCCUGCACCGAGAACGCAAAAAACCGGUUCUCACGCGCAGUCAAGUUUCCAGUUCCGAGUACUUUUCCGUCUGCUUUGAAAGUGAUAAUAACGAUCCGGGUGUCCUCAUUCCUGCCACGAAAGGAGUACGGCUUGCUGAAUGUUUACGCGCCUCUCUGUCACGGCGAAGUCUCAGUUUUUCCCAAAUAUACGUGACCGACAAUGGCUUUAAUAGUCCCCACGAGAUCGGUGUGCGGUACACGGAUCCGCUGGACGCGAACAUGGACAUAUCGAACCUGGCCGGACGUACGCUACUUGUAUCGGAGCGUGACAGUACAUCCGGCCGACGGACCGGCGGUCACAGCACACUCCAGAAGGCCGCAUCCGUGGGCAAUCAGCCGUCGGUGAUGUCAUCCACCGGCAAGCUGUUCUCGUCGACUUCGGCUGACGACAACUACGACCAAAGCCCCAAAGCGUCCUCGGCUUCCGGCAAGCAGUCGAAACAGAAAUGGACAAUACCAUUUGGAUCGAAGGGACCACAAAAAUCGAAGCUUUGCGAGCUGCUGGACAGCUACAAUAAGGAAAUCCCGAAAUCGACGUCUUCCUCCAGCAACUUCAAUAACCCCGAGUACGUAGACGCAUUAGUUGGCCUUAGAAACUUACCUCAGUGUUGGACGAAGGUCGUAAACAGUGCCGGAAUGAGCGAAGCGGAAACGAAAAUCCAAUCCGCCAUCUGGGAGCUGGUGACGACCGAAGUUUACUACAUUCUCGCUCUCCAGACGGUAACCGACCUUUUCCUAGCCUGCUUAGAGGACAUCCAGUCCCAGAACAUUCUUACAGACAUUGACCAGAAAAGGCUCUUCUCCAACAUUCGGGAUAUCUGGGAAGCGAAUCUUCGCUUCUGGACGCUGUAUCUUUACCCAAUGGUCAAGCACAGUGAACGGACGAAGGACCCCAUGAGCAUCUACUACUUUCAGCACGGCUUCGUCAACUUUGCCACCAUCUUUAUGCCCUACACUAAGUACUGCGCGGAGCAGAGUACCUGUCAGUUCUACUGCAAGGAGAUGUACCACAACAACGCCCUGUUCAUGACCUACUGUGCCUGGUGCGAGUCGCAGAAGAUGUGCAACCGCUUACGGCUGGCCGACAUUCUGGUGCGACCGAUGCAGCGACUGACCAAGUACGGACUGCUGCUGGCCGCUAUCAAAAAACAUAUCACUGACGAGGCGGAAGGCGAAGCGAUCGAUGCCAUGAUACACUCCGUAGAAGAGUUUGUUGCUGGCGUUAAUGCCCAUCUAACAACGAGGCAGGAAAGUGAACGACUGAAAGGUAUUAAUGCAAGGAUCGACAGCUACGACGUGGUCGAGGCAAACAACGAAUCGCUCGAUCGGCUCGUCAAACAGCAUAGCAUCAUGUUCGACCUUUGCCAACCGAUGCGGGGCAUCGACCACUGUCGGAAGGUGUUUGUGGAGGGUGACUUGAAGUACAAGGACAGCACCGGGAAGAUGGAUGUGCACUGUUUCCUAUUCACGGACUUUCUUUUGGUGUGCAAGAAAACUAGGAACGACAAGUUGAAGAUUAUUCGACAGCCGUACAUGACGGACCGCCUAAUAGUGCAGCUCAAGGACCAAGCAUUGCUCUGUUGCUACGUGAACGAUUUGAACAUGAUUGUGGCAGCUUUUACAUUGCAAAGCCCCAAAGCUCAGCAUUGGCACGAUUCCAUAACGAAGGUGAAGCACAUCUAUAACCGUAUGAAGCAGGGUACAUUCAGUGACGUCCGUCAGUACGGUAACAUAAUCAAUAUCAGCAACAGCUGCAACAACUCAACGAGCAACAGCAACAUGAACAUCAACAACGAUAACCUGAGUAUCAAAAAGUCACCCUUGAACAGUUCCAUCGGCAGCCGUGUGAGCAGCCUGAACAACAGUCACAGCGGAUCGGUUGAUCUGAACGAGUCGAAGCAGGUAUCGAUUGACUUUGAAAAGACUAACUCGCUCUCCAGUGACGAAGGCACGGGCACGGGUAGCGUCGUCGGUGCCACGAUGGUGAUGCACUCCAAGUACGGACCGGUUGCUCCUUGCGCUAGCCGUAAGAUCAAGAAUACCGUCAACACUAUGCAGACAAAAUCGUCCAACUCGCUCACCGUGCAGCCAUACAGUGGACUCGGCCACAGUAUGCCAAAUUUGAAUUUGAACUCCAUUCAAAAUAGCAAUACUCUUUCGGUGCCGGGAUCCUCCAGCAAUCAGUCCCAUUCCGGUAUGGUGUUGCUAUCGCCUAGUCAACGGGGCAUUUCGUAUCCUCCGCCGUCACCGACCAGGGCCACGUUGCGUCGCGGAUUCGCUUUCUCCACAUCAAUCAAAAACCCACCGUUAAUCAAAUCACGAAAUGUGACGUCUCAGCAGAGCUUUACACUGUGUCAGCAGCAAAGUUUGAACCUGGCCACACUGAACCAACAUCAGCCAUGCGUACAACCGCCCUCAUCCGGCAACCCCGUAUCCAGUACUUCAGCCGAAUUGCACCAGACCCCAUCGGCCACAUCGACGAAUGUGUCAUUUUUCAGGCGGAAAAAUAGUUUCCCGAGUGCACCGAACGGAAGUUCGGACUCGGGUUCCGGCCUUCCCGGGGAAACUUGA